CUGCAACAUCCUGGAAACCAACUUGCAGUCGAGCCACCGAUCCAGUGAAUUGAACUGAUACUCGUAUUAACCGAGUCACAUUCUGUGCUCAAACUUCAGUCUUAUGGACCUCUUGCUUGUCGGGUUACGAUCUGCCCCGCUUCAUAUUGCGACGAUCUUCCCAUUCCGUCGCUCCUGACAAGUCAUAAAUAACCCAGAGCAAGGGACAACAAAGUCGUCGGAAAUCUCACUAGUCAGGUAACUUUCGUUACUCACAUUUCGGAUUUUUCUUUUUCGACCAAGGAAUCGGUGCAAUUGCGGCGAGACUGGUGGAUGUUUCGUUCAAAAUGCACUUCUUCACCUUCAUCUUCAUUGUUGCCGCUUUCCUUCUUACUCUCAAGUCCAUUAAACAAUAUGUUGGGCUCCGUCGGUUCAGAGGCCCUCGAGGAGCCGGAUGGAGCAGACUCUGGAUGCUUCGAGUAUUAACGUCCGGUCGGAUGCAUAAAUAUUUUGGCGAAGUCAACGAAGAAUAUGGAUCGACGGCGAGAAUCGCACCGUCGACUCUUUUGACCAAGGAUGUUUCCCUUAUCCGGCGAAUGAGUGCCGUGAGAAGUCCUUACACUCGUUCCAAGGUGUAUGAAGCUUUGCGUCUACAUCCGGAAAGGGAUAACAUCGUCAGUUAUCGAGAUGAGGCCAUACAUGGUCAGCUCAGAACCAAGAUGAGUCCAGGGUACUCUGGCAAAGACAAUCCAAAUCUGGAAAUGGAGAUCGAGGAACAAAUCUUGAAUCUAAUUGCUCUCAUAGAACGUAGCUACACCUCAGACUCUGAGCGCUAUAACCCUGUCGACUUAGCCAGGAUCAUGACUUUCUUCACUUUGGAUGUGAUCUCCGGCAUCGCAUUUGGAAGGCCGUUCGGGUUUCUCACUGAUAAUAGUGAUCCAUUCGGCUACCUUCAGAAUCUCCGCAUGAUGCUUCCAGCCAUCAUGUUCUUUAGCGUGUAUCCUGAGCUGCUGGGAAUUUUGCGACUGCCUGCGGUUCAGUAUUUUUUUCCAAAAGCUUCGGAUGCGACUGGAGUUGGGAAGGUCAUGGGUUGGGCGAAAGAGUCUGUGGCUGCGAGAUUCGGUCCGAACAAGAUCGAGCAGAAGGAUAUGCUGGGCUCGUUCCUAGCUCAUGGGUUGACUCAAGAAGAGCUUGAGAGCGAAACAUUAACACAGAUCACGGCCGGUUCUGAUAGCACGAGUACGGCUCUACGCCUCGCUUUAAUGCAUAUCUUCACCCAUCAGGGUCCGUGUUCCAAGCUCUUGGAAGAGUUGACCAACGGACUGAAAGAUGGCAAGAUCUCCAGGCCGAUUAUUCGAGAUUCCGAGGCGCGCGAAUUGCCUUAUCUUCAAGCGUGCAUUAAGGAAUCUCUUCGACUAUACCCUCCCGUGACUGGGAUGUUGUCCAAGAAUGUCCCUCCUGAAGGAGAUACCAUCGAUGGGAUCUUCGUUCCGGGUGGCACUAGCAUUGCAUGGAAUAGUUGGGGAAUGUGCCAUGAAAAGAGCUUGUACGGAGACGAUCCCUAUGUGUUCCGACCGGAACGAUGGUUGCUUCAUGACAAAGCCAGUCCUGACGACGAAGCUAGGCUUCAAGCCAUGAAUGAUACCGUGUGGAUGGUAUUUGGAUACGGUCGGUUCGGCUGCCUUGGACGACCGGUCGCCAUGAUGGAGCUCAACAAAACUAUUGCCGAGUUUGUGCUGCGAUUUGAUUGCCGUGCGGGAGGAGGCUUGGAGAAGAUGUGGGACGAAGAAAGUUUCGGCUUUUUCCUUCAUCGAAACAUGUGGAUGAGGAUUGAGAAGAGAGAUGACAAGCUCGUCUGGGGGAAAGACAAAUUCCAUGCCCAAGUGGAGUGAAGCACGUCCACACUCGAGACGGUCGCAGAGGCUUAAAGUCCCUUGGUGGACAUCAACACAGGUCAAUUCCACCAAAGGCUGUGUGCUCUUCCUCCUAAAAAUAGAUAUAUCACGAGGGCGGGAGCGGCCAUCUCAAGGCAUGACAAGCGUACAGUGACUUGCGAAAUCAGU